ACAGUUGCGUGUCGGUCCCCGUACCGUGCGGUACAUUAUUUGGUAUUCUCUUUCUUCUUUUGUGAAGUUGAUUAUUAUUACUUUUUUUUUCUUUUUCUUAUGUCAGAUAUAUACGUAUAUGCAUACUACUCGUAUUAAUCUACUGUGAUUUAGAAGUUCGUCGUGUAUGUUUCAAAGCACGAUCGACGAUUUCAUCAACGAAAAGAAAAAGAAUGGAGAAUCAGCAGGUAUGGGUCCGCGAUCCACAGGAAGGCUUCAUCAUCGGAAAGUUCACGGACAUGGUGGAUGGCGAUGCAUUGAUCUUACCAUUCGAUCGAAAAUAUCCACAACGCACUUGUCCUCUCGACGAGGUCUUUCCUGCCGGAGAAUACACCAAAGAUGUUGAAGAUAACUGUGCAUUGAUGUACCUUAAUGAGGCCACUCUGCUAAACAAUAUACGUACUCGUUAUUUCAAGGACAGGAUAUAUACAUACGUAGCUAAUAUUUUGAUAUCUGUUAAUCCUUAUUGUGAAAUUAAGAAUCUUUAUUCACCAGAAACCAUAAAAACUUAUAAAGGAAAAUCUUUAGGCGAAACACCACCACAUGUUUUUGCAAUUGCCGACAAAGCAUUUAGGGAUAUGAAAGUAUUGAAACAAUCACAAAGUAUUAUCGUUUCGGGUGAAUCUGGAGCUGGUAAAACUGAAUUAACAAAGUAUCUUCUUAGAUAUCUUUGUGAUCUUUGGGGAUCUACAGCUGGACCGGUCGAACAAAAAAUUCUCGAUGCCAAUCCCGUGUUAGAAGCUUUUGGAAACGCAAAAACGAAGAGAAACAAUAACAGUUCUCGAUUUGGUAAAUUCAUGGAAGUGCAUUUCGAUGCGAAAUGCCAAGUGGUUGGUGGUUAUAUAUCUCAUUACUUGUUAGAAAAAUCAAGAGUAUGUUUGCAAAGUCCAGAUGAGAGAAAUUAUCACAUUUUCUAUAUGAUGUGUGCCGGCGCUCCGCCCGAGUUACGUUUGAAAUUAGGAAUUACCAAGCCGGAUGAUUUUCAUUACCUGAAGAAUGGUUCCACGCAAUACUUUUGUAGUCCAGAGUCUGAGAAGAAACUAAAGGAUGCACAAAAAAGUUCUGAACAAAUGAAACAAGGAAGUCUUUCGGAUCCUUACUUGGACGAUGUUGAAGGAUUCAAUGAAAUGGAUCAGGAAAGAGCAACGGCAUUAACUCGUCUUGGAUUGUCGGAUUCCGAACGAAUGGAAAUUUAUACGAUGGUAGCAGCAGUACUGCAUCUUGGUAACAUUACUUUCGAGGAUAAUCCUGAAGAUACCAAAGGUGGUUCAAGAAUAAGCCCAACUUCUGAUAAGGCUGUUUUGAUGACUGCUACAUUAUUGGGGGUUGAUCCUGAAGAACUUAGACAAGCAUUGGUGUCAAAAGUCAUGCAAACUAGUCGAGGUGGUAUCAAAGGAACCGUCAUUAUGGUGCCUUUGAAGGUUUAUGAAGCUAAUAAUGCUAGAGAUGCUUUAGCAAAAGCAAUUUAUAGCAAAUUAUUCGAUCAUAUUGUUGCUAGUAUCAACAAAAGUAUUCCUUUCAAAGCGUCGAGUUAUUACAUUGGUGUUUUGGAUAUUGCAGGAUUUGAGUAUUUCAAAGUUAAUAGUUUCGAACAGUUCUGCAUUAAUUAUUGUAACGAGAAGUUGCAACAAUUUUUCAACGAACGAAUUUUGAAGUAUGAACAGGAUCUUUAUGCCAGAGAAUCUUUGAAUAUACCUAAAAUCUCCUAUGUAGAUAACCAGGAUUGUAUAGAUCUUAUUGAAUCCAAAAGCAAUGGUAUCUUUAGAAUGUUAGACGAAGAAUCUAAGUUACCUACUCAUAGCUUUGCACAUUUUACAAGCGAAGUACAUCGUGCUUGGAACGGACAUUUCCGUAUUACUUUACCACGAAGUUCUCGUUUAAAGGCGCACAGGGAAUUAAGAGAUGACGAAGGAUUUGUAAUCCGUCAUUAUGCUGGUGGUGUUUGUUAUCAAACGAAUCAAUUUAUCGAGAAGAACAACGACGCUCUACAUGCUUCCUUGGAAGCAUUGAUACAAGAAAGCAAUAAUAAAUUUCUUCGAACGCAAUUUGCCAAUAAUUCUUCCCAAAAAGGAAAAUUAACGUUCAUUAGCGUUGGUAGUAAAUUUAAAACGCAAUUGGGUGAACUCAUGUGUAAAUUAAAGAGUAACGGCACAAAUUUUAUUCGAUGCAUAAAACCUAAUAAUGACAUGGUUGCACAUCAAUUUGACGGGAACAGCAUUUUAGGUCAAUUGCGUUGUUCGGGAAUGACGUCUGUAUUGGAAUUGAUGGAACAUGGUUAUCCUAGUAGAGUUACCUUUCAAGAAUUGUACAAUAUGUACAAAUCUUAUUUACCUCCAGAAUUGGCAAAAUUAGAUCCAAGAUUCUUUUGCGAGACUUUACUUCAUAGUUUGAAAUUGAACAAAAAAGAUUUUAGAUUCGGUAUAACUCGAGUUUUCUUUAAACCUGGAAAAUUUGCUGAAUUUGAUAAAAUUAUGAAAUCAGAUCCAGAUAAUUUGCAAAAGUUAGUCGCUAAUGUAAAAAAAUGGUUGCUUAUAUCGAGAUGGAACAAAAUGCAAUUCUGUGCUUUAUCGGUAAUCAAAUUAAAAAACAAAAUUAUAUAUCGUAGGUAUUAUUUAAUAAUUCUUCAAAAAACAGCAAGAAUGUUUAUAACGAAAAAACAACAUCUUCCGCGAAUAAAGGGUUUAGUUAAAAUAAAGAAUCUUCAAUCGCAAUUAAUAAAAAUGCAGGAUAUAUCGAAUCAAUUAAAGAAUCGUGAUAAAUGUAUCGCCGAUAUCAAUCAAUUGCAAGUAGAUUUAGAAAAUUCUAUUCGUCAUAUUAAAGAGGAUGCCAAAAUAAAAGUUGCGGAAAUAGAUACGAUUUACACGAAUUUGGUAAAUCAGAUGAAUAAGCAAAUGGCAUCUUUGCAAGAUACGGUGAAGCAGCAGAAAAUAGCGGAGGAACAAGCACGACUGAAAAAUAUACAACGAGAAUUAGAACUUGAGAAGAAUAAGAAGGAGGAAGAAGAACGUAAAAAGAAAGAGGACGAGGAUAAUCGAAAGAAAAAAUUGGAAAUCGAAGUUAGAAGAAAAGCUGAAGAACAACAGAGAAAGAUGCAAGAAUUUGAAGAUCGCAAAGCUGUUGCAGCUAUUCAGGCGCAAUUAGAAAAAGAAGCUAUCGAGGAAUGUCGCUAUCGUGAAUUAUUGGAACAAGAAAGACGAGAUCACGAGUUGGCUGUACGAUUAGCUCAAGAAUCGAAUGGACAAGUGGAAGAUUCACCACCACCUGUUCGAAAUGGUUCGGAUGUACGAGUACCAUCAACGAACAACAACAGGCUUAUAAGGUCGGAACAAGUUCGUAAUCACCAAGCAGCUAUGAUCAAUAAAAAAUAUGACUUAUCAAAAUGGAAGUAUUCUGAAUUACGUGAUGCUAUUAAUACUUCUUGCGAUAUUGAAUUAUUGGAGGCUUGUCGUCAUGAGUUUCAUCGUAGAUUGAAGGUAUAUCAUGCUUGGAAAGCAAGAAACCGAAGGAAAAAUAUUAUGGAUGAAAAUGAGAGGGCUCCGAAGUCCAUCAUGGAAGCUGCUGCUAGGACUACGCGAACAUCUAUGAAGCAAACGAUAGUUGAUUCUUCACAAAGAUAUUUUCGAAUUCCAUUCGUUCGUCCUUCUGCUUCGAAUCAACAAGAUAAUUCUCAUACCAGUGGUAAGAGAGGUUGGUGGUAUGCUCAUUUUGAUGGUCAAUAUGUUGCAAGACAAAUGGAACUUCAUCCAGAUAAACCACCUAUACUUCUUUUGGCUGGCGUCGAUGAUAUGCAAAUGUGCGAGUUGAGUCUUGAGGAGACUGGUUUGACUCGUAAACGCGGUGCAGAAAUUCUAGAGCACGAAUUCAAUCGUGAAUGGGAACGCCAUGGUGGCAAGCCUUAUAUUUUAGCAUGCGAUCGUAAAAAAUGAAGCGAGAUUAUCGCUUAAGUUAUGCAUGUUUCAAGUUCAUUGAGAUAUUUUGUUAAUAUGCGUUAUGUUAUAAAAAAAAAAGGCAGUUUUAUAUUACAAAAUGUAAUAUAUGAAAAACCAUGCCUGAAAUUAUGUAAUUAAUGAGAUGAGGUUGAUUAUUAAUUAUUUAAAAAAAAAAACAAUGUGUUCGAUAUAAAUAAUAAUAUAUUAAUAAUAAUGAACAUCCGAUAAAAAAAAAAUCAAUUAAAUCAGAUUUUGUUUUUGUCAGAAAAGAAUUUUGAUUCAGUUGUCCAGUAAACAUUUUCAGUAUUUGAUAUUUAGCAUAGCGCAUUAUCAUGAGAAACGAAAAAAAAUUAACUGCACUAAUCGUCAUUUAUUUUUAUUAUAUAUAGAUUAUACACAUAUUUAUAUAUAUAUGUAUGUGUAUGUAUGUAUGUAUGUAUGUAUGUAUAUGUAUAUAUAUAUAUAUAUAUAUAUAUAUAUAUAUAUAUAUAUAUAUAAAGAGAGAAAGAGAGAGAAAUAAGCAACACUCGUACACUUUUUGUGUUCGUGUGAACUUAUGAAUUUAUCAUUAUCUUAUGUAUAAAAUAUCUAUUUUUCGAGUUUGUAGGAAAAAUGGGAAGGCAGGAGACAAUAAGAUGUAUUAGGUUGUGCAAAAUAAAGGAAAACAAAAAAAUUGCGUAUU